AUCCACUCAUAUUUUUAUUUUUGUCACCACUAAAUGUCGUAGAAACUAAAAACUGAAAAGGGUAAGAAAAAAGAAGAGGAAAAGAAAAAGAAAGGCGGAAAAAAGGAAGGGAGGGAGCGGUGGGUGAAGUCGGCCUGACCCAGCGGCCAGCUCCAGACACAGACAGACAGCGCGCCUGGCGCCCACCCACCUACACCACCCUUCCUUCCGUCGGAUCAGCCAUUGCCACAGAGACGGAGCGAAUCCAGCCUCAAUCUCACUCCCUCUUCCGCCGUCACCGCCGCCGCCGUCAGCAGCUGAUUACAGUUCCGGCGGAACUGGCUCUUCUUCUUCCCUUUCUCCCCAACUUCUCAACUCUCUGAAUUCCUUACUUCUCUUCCCUUCCCUUCCUCUUACUUCCCAUUUAUGCUUACCUUUCUGUAAUUAAAAUCUGACCCUCCCUUCCCUUCCUAGCAGCUUUUUUAGUGGGUGUUCUUAUCUUUACUUACUGCCUCCUAUCGCUAAAAAACAGUGGGCGGAAGAAGCUCUUCUCUUUGUUAGAUCUAUCCGAAUCGGCCCUCACCCUUUUCUUUUGUCGGUGCGGGUUGAUUGUUCUCUGUAUAUUGUGUUCACUUCCUUCAUCACUGCUUUCCUUAUAUUGUUAUUAGUAUAUCCCCGUAUUCUUAUUCUUUUCUCUUUACUCGCUCGCCGCUGCCUGCCCUCCCCUGGUUGGGUUAGGGUUUCGCUACUCUAGCUAGGGGGGUUUCUUUCAUUUUUCUCUUCGGUACCUUCUUUUUGACCCACUCCGUUUGUGCUCCGAUGGAGCCCCGUGUUGGCAAUAAGUUCCGGCUCGGUCGUAAGAUCGGCAGCGGUUCGUUCGGAGAGAUCUAUCUUGGCACUAAUAUUCAGACGAAUGAGGAGGUUGCAAUUAAGCUGCUUGAUUGGACUUGGUGGGUCAUUGAGCUAGUUGAGAAUUCAAUGGCAGGAUGCAGGAAUUGCAUUAUUCAGGAAAAUGUGAAGACAAAGCAUCCUCAGUUGUUAUAUGAAUCCAAGUUAUACAGAAUCUUGCAGGGAGGAACUGGUAUUCCGAAUGUGAGGUGGUUUGGUGUUGAAGGAGACUACAAUGUUCUAGUGAUGGAUUUGCUCGGUCCUAGUCUCGAAGACCUAUUUAGCUUUUGCAGUCGGAAACUCUCUUUGAAGUCUGUUCUUAUGCUUGCAGAUCAGAUGAUCAAUCGAGUAGAAUUUGUUCACACAAAGUCCUUCUUACAUCGAGAUAUCAAGCCAGACAAUUUUCUGAUGGGUCUCGGAAGACGUGCCAAUCAGGUCUACAUCAUUGAUUUUGGUUUGGCAAAGAAAUAUCGGGAUAGCUCAACUCAUCAGCACAUUCCAUACAGGGAAAACAAGAGUUUGACUGGCACUGCUAGAUAUGCAAGCAUGAAUACUCAUCUAGGGAUUGAGCAAAGCAGAAGGGAUGAUCUAGAGUCUCUUGGUUAUGUUCUUAUGUACUUCCUGAGAGGAAGCCUUCCUUGGCAGGGACUAAAAGCAGGAACAAAGAAACAGAAGUAUGAGAAAAUUAGUGAAAAGAAAGUUUCUACCUCAAUUGAGGCCUUGUGUCGGGGAUAUCCAAGUGAAUUUGCUUCUUACUUCCAUUACUGCCGUUCAUUACGGUUCGACGAUAAGCCAGAUUAUGCAUACCUGAAAAGAAUAUUUCGUGAUCUUUUCAUUCGUGAAGGCUUCCAGUUUGAUUAUGUCUUUGACUGGACAAUACUGAAGUAUCAGCAGUCACAGCUGGCUAAUCCCCCAGUUCGUGGACUUGCCCCAGGUGUUGGGACUAGUUCUGGAAUGCCUCCUAUUGCCAGUGUUGAUCGACAGACAGGUACUGCAAAUUGUUGCUUGUUUAGCAUAUCAUGACUUUCUGUUGUUUCCUUGUGGAUUAAGGAACUUUGUGAUCUACUAUAGCCUUGAUCGUUCCUCUUUACUCAUAUAACUAUAUCUCGAUGGGGUACUAUUACUCUCCGCAAUGGCAGCCCAUUUGUACUAAUUUGGUUAUCAGAAUAGGGUUGUGAUUUUGAGUUUGUACUAUUUGCCCAUGUAAUGUGCAGCUGAAGAAUCACGCCCUGCAGCUGGCCAAUCCAUGGACCCCUCUCGGCGGAGAUACUCUGGACCAAUACUGAACAGCGCAAGUUAUACUAAUAAUAAGCAAAAGAGUCCGGUUGGAAAUGAUGCUCCUGUCACUAAGGAUCCAAUUUUACCAAGCUCCAAUUUUUUGGGUCGAUCAUCGAGGCGUGCUGUAGCUGCUGUUUCGGGCAGUCAUGGUGAUGUGUUUGCUGCUGGAAGAAGCGAGUCUGGUGGAGGUGCUGGUCUGGUGAGAGUUUCGAGUGGUCAAAGAAGCCCCCCUCAUGUUGGGUCGUCGGGUGACCCCGCUAGGCGUACAUCAUCCUCUGCUAGAAAUACAACAACUCAGAUAAAGACCCCCUUCGAAUCUGCCCUGAAGGGAAUUGAAGGUCUGACUAUUGACAGCGAUGACAAAGUUCCGUACUGGGAGAUUCUGUCUUCUGCAGGCAACAAUCCACAGCCGAGAUAGGAGAGAAACAAAAAUUGUUUGUAAAGCAGGAGGAUGUCCGAUGAUGUGCCUCAGCGGGUAGAGACUUGUUUAGUUUGGUAGAAGGGUGUGAUGAGUUUGUUAUUGAAGUUGGAAUAACAGUCUUGAGGGGUGAAAUCCGGAUUUUUUUUUUCUUCCGGUGGGAAAUGCACAUACAGGAAAUAGAAAGGCAAAGCUUCUUCUGGGGAUUGAAUUGCUCUCUGCAGCAGGUGUUUGUGUGUAAGCCCUUCUAGUUCCAAAUACAGAUUUGCCCUUUUAAACCAUCCUCGUGGAUUGUUCAUAUAAUUUGAUCCCGGCAUUUUAAAGCAUUGGUUAAAGAUUUCACUUCACUCUACUGUGGUAUGGUGGUUGGUCUGCCGUUAAAGUUCUAGUCUUGUGAUGGCAUGGAAUGUUUGGCUUUCAAC